CCCAAGAGAACCCGCCACAAAACUCUCGACACUCUGUGUGCGCCACAUCAUCGUGAAAGCCUUUCCGUUGAACUGUGGCACAUCGUCUUUUCUUACUGCCUACCCAUGACUCUCUUCGCCGUGCGGAGUACAUGCCACCUGUUUCGCAACAUCAUUGAUCACAAUAACGGCGCGCUUCUCGCUCGAUCUCCCUUGAACCUCCCUCACCCGCCGCCGGAUCCUCGCUUCUACAUGCGCUUCAUUCGCGAUCCCGUCAAGUACGCAGCCAUGCGCGACUUCUUUGGCAUCACCGAUCCUUGGAAGCCUGGGCUUUUCGGCAGUGCUAGAUACACCGAGAUGUUAUUUGGGCUGGGUUGUUGCCAUGUCUGCAAAUCAGGGACGUACAAUCCCCCGGAGUUGCUGCAAAUUCAACUUCGCCUCUGCUCGGAUCACUGCCGGCUGAAAUUCUAUCACGACGAGGUCCAGUUUCUCCUGCCGAAGAACCGGUACCGCCAGCCUCGCGCUCUCAAAAUCGACCGGCAUAUUAUUCCGUGGCUCCCGACGGUCACCAGAACAAAGAGACGACGCGACGAAGCGACCCACGGUGUUCUCCAUCGCGACCUUCUGGCAGCUCGGAAAGAGUACCACGACGAGGUCACGGCAGCGCCGCCGGAAGAGCGUAUACGUCGCGAACGAGCGCUUUUUGAGAAAUAUUCGGUCCGCACCAGACGGACUAGCGUUCUAUCUGUGUGGCAGGUCUACAUGGACGAAUGGCUGAGGGUUAUUGAGAAGGACAAGAAGGCACUGGAUUCUGUCAACCAGACGAGACUCAAAAAGAGCGCUCGCAAGGAAGGCCUGCCAUUGCCAAGUCUCCGACGCCAAGCGACGGCGCAUCCUCUACUUCGCAAGCGCGCUGUAGGCCUACGGCGCAUAUCUGAAUCAACCCUUCGCAAGGCUGGUCUCCUCAAGAGCACAAAGUCCAGGAGACGAGCGUGCGGCCGAUGCGGGGUUUCGAUACCCGCGCUAUGGCUUGACGCACAUGUUGCGCAGCACCAUCCUGAGGCUCUGCCUCAAAGUCGGUCGAACCUCAAGUCCGGAAAGGCUGAGUACCGCUGCAGGCAUUGCGAGACGUUGCCAGUGAAGUGGUACUUGCCGGCUGCUCUGCGCUCACAUCAGUUCCUCCGACACGGUUCUCGAGACAACUGAGUUCAAUUUAUUACCAGUGUAGUAGAUACACCGCUGUGUGAGGUAUACGUAGUCCGUUCCUGCUUGUGUGAUCAUCGCGCGCAGGCACAGGAAUGGCAAAGGUUGGGAUAUAGACUGAA